AUGAACAUCCAAGCGGCGAUCAAGGGAAUUAUACGUCUGGUUUUCCAGAAUAUUGGUCAUAUCGCGUCUUCAGAAGGUACGUAUGCUGCUCCAAGUGUUAAGGGAAUAGGCUUGAGGCCGGUGGAGAAUCGUGGUGUAUUCCUAAGGCUAUGUUUGGUAGCCGCCUCAUCACUGUACUUUGGAGGUUUCAUUGCUCACAAAGGUGCAUCGUACUUGGAAGAAAACGAAAUAUUCGUACCCGCAGACGAUGACGAUGAUGACUAG